AUGAAUCACACAGAAUGUGGACCAUAUCAAGUCAUUUUGCUGUCCAUGGUGGACAGCCUGACGUUCGUCAUCGGUCAGCCGGUGGUCCUGAAGCUGAUGUGGAGCAGCCUCACGUCCCCGAAGACCCCCGACAUCCUCAACACUAACUUAGCCGUCUUCCACAACAUCCAGUACUUGAUCUCGCUCAUGCAUUUGUUCACCCUCUUCCUGAUGCCGCAGAAACAUGGCUGGGUCUUCAGCUUCCUGUUUGUCUACGUGCAAAUCGGAGGCCCGAUGAGUUUGUCUUUCAUCUGCAUGCAGAGAUACGUGGCCGUGGUUCACCCCCUGUCUUACCCUCUGCUGAGGAAGUACAGGUACAGCGAGGUUUGUGCCGCUGCAGUGUGGUUCGUCACGCUGCCCAUCACCUUUAUUUACGUGUUCACCCAAGAAAAUGUCAACCCUUCCCAGGAGAACUUUUAUUAUGCUAUCCCAUCCACCGUGAUGGUCCUGAUGAUCAUGCUGAUUCUGAAGAGCAGCAUCACUGUCGUGAAGACGCUGAGGAAGCACAGCCCAGGAGACAAGACCUAUUCUUCCAAGAAGAAAGCCUUCUCCGCCAUGCAGGCCAUGUUAAGCAUCGGCAUGUUCUUCUACCUGCCGGUGCUCCUCAUGCAGAAGAUCACAGCCAUAAACGAAUAUAUGUACAUCUGUAUAACUACACCUGCAGGUGUGAUGUUGUUGUCCCUGGCGAGUGUUGUGCAUCCAAUCUUUGUCCUCUCCACCCAGGGAAAGUUGUUCCAGAAAAAACGCCAGGUGAAAUGA